AUGCGAGUAGCUACCGUUUGUCCGAUUAACAAAACAACAAUUGAACCUGAUCGAAAACGACAUGAGUGGCGGUCAAUUAUACAAGAAUUCGCUCUCAAUACAUCAACUCAUGGUAUUCCAGGCAUUGCACGAAGUCAAAACAUUGGUAUGAUAGGAAUGGUACAUGAUAAUACACAAUUUCCUAUGAUUGAAUUUGCUGGUAGAGCAUUGGUCACCGGUUUCAAACAUCGAAUGACAUAUGCAAAGAAGACUAUUUUCUAUUUACGUGCACCUUACACGACAUGUAAUGAUGAGAUACCACCGACUAUGCAAGCGAUGUUUGAUAGUUAUCCAGAUGUCGAAUAUGUUUACUCAGAAGAUUUAUGCUAUGAUCUAUGCACAGAGGUUUACACGUAUUAUACGUGUGGUUGCAUCGAUCCAAAACAAUGGAAUGCUCGCUCAAUUCUUCUACCACAAACUGACACAAUAAUCGUAGCUCCAUUAUGUAACAUAUCUGAUACAUGUCAUACUCAAGCAGCUAUUGUUCUGAUGAAUUCAUCAACUUUACUUGAAAAAUAUUGUUCCUAUUGUUCACAGCAAUGUUCAAUUACAGAUUUUAUUGUCAAAUCAUCAAUGUGGAAAGCACCAGCCGAUUGGUUAAUGAAUGAUAUAAAAAAUUUUGUCAAAAACUCCGGAAUUUUAUUACCUAAGGAUUGGUCAACUAAUUGGCAUUCACAUAUUCAUUCUAAUUAUCUCUCUAUCGAAUUAGUACAUGAAUCGAUUUUGGUCGAAAAUUAUACACAAAUACCAGCAAUGGGACCUGUGACAGUUCUAUCAGAUGUUGGCGGUCAAACAGGUCUUUGGAUUGGUAUCAGUUUUUUAUCUUUGCUAGAAGUCGCAGAAAUGUUCUAUCGAUUAAUACAAUAUCAGUACUAUGCUAUUCAAGAAGCCAUAAGAACGUGUAUUAAGAGAAAUUGA